AUGGCUGGAUGCCUUAAGGGAGGUUCUUGUUUGUUCGACGAAGGGAAAGAUGCGUUUGCUUGUUCAUGCAGUCCGCAAUGGAGAGGGGAAAAAUGCGAAAUGGGUAGGUCGAAAAUGUUCUUGUUCCUUAAAUACGAUAGACAGUCUAGGAGAAGAGUGAAAGACGUACCCGGCUGAAAACGAGAUCACACAACUUUCUAUACUUUAUACGCGACAAAUUUCUUUUAGAAGAAAGGAAAGACUUAUAAUCUGCUGGCUGGUUUUCUCUAGCAAUGUAGUUGAUAUAGCCAUCAGGAAUUAAUUUACAUCUCGUCUAAUAUAAAAAAAGAAUUUAACAUAAGAGACUUUGGCGUUUACCGUUAGCCUCGCGGAAUGUGGAAAAGACAUUGCAUUGUAUCUGGCCAAAUUUUAUGUGACGCCCAAAUUAAGGUAAGUGAUACCUAACACUUGGAUCAACCAACAACUACUGAACACAUAACGGACCUUUUUAUACAGAGAAUUUGCAUCCAUCAAUUAGAUAAUUAUUUUUGCUUAAGGCUUUUCGGCGACACACUGGUCGAUCGUCCGACGAGGAAACAGCUAGAUUCUAAAUAGAAGGACAAAUUGUUCUAAAAUAGUUAGUCGUAAAGGUAACAAAGUGGCAAUGCGCAAACUUGGCACAAUAAUUGAUAGCCAUGUAAAGGACAUUGAAAAAUAUGCAAUAAAAAGGUGGGGUCACCUUGCUUGUCUUUGUUUUACUCGGCCGUUAUUCUUGAAAACCAGCAAAAAAUUUUAUCAUUUAGCAAAACUAUAUGAAACCUACAGAAACCUUGAUCCUGUUUGCUUCUCAGGGACUUUGUAUAAUCUCUGGGCUCCAAAUGCAGAGUUUCACUCAUUUACUGUAAUAUACAAAUAAGGCAACUUCUACUAUCUUCUAUCUCCCUUUAAAAUAUUUUCUUUGAGUACCCACGAGUUUAAUCAUCAUAAGAAAUAGGCCCUCUAAGGGGGGUUACGUCUGUCCAGAGUCUGAAUUUCAAAACCUGUCGUUUCCCGUAUUGAUCAGGAGGAAGCCAUGUCGCUGUCGGUAUUUUACUAUUGUAUUUGCGCUUUUCUCUGUCGCUGUCGCAGUUUCAACCCAUCUUUGGGUCGUUUGUCAGCAUUUCUGCUGUCCUCUGUCGCUGUUUCAAGGCCAUGUUUUGCUUGUCGAAAUUUAGCCUAACAGGGUCUCAAGAAAGUGGUCAAAACAAGUGUAAUCAACGGCGACCCACUGAAGGGUAGAGCUAUACACAACACUACUGUUGUAUAGGAAAGAUGGGUUUAAAGUCUAAAAAUGAAAAAAGGGGGUGUGAAAAAAAGACGAUACCAUUAAUGUUUUGUAUGCGCCUAAUAAGCCUGCAUUGCCAGAAAAAUUAUGGACUUGUCUGAAAUGUCACACAUCUCCACCCUAAUCCGUGGGGGGCGCGUCUCUAUCCCCUGCGCCCAUCACGGGUUAGGGGUGGAGACGUAUGACAUUUCAGAAUACGUAUGGAUGUUUACGUUCAUGAUCCAGGGAUUAAUAAAGGAACGAGUAUACAGAAGAAACACAUGUCCCUUUUGUAAGUUCGUAGUUUACCCAUGAAGUGGUGUGUCGUCUGGCUUAGCCACUUCCCUUAUUGUGGCAAGCAAUCAAAGAAAACGGUAAUCAUCAAAAUGAUUUUCUACGAAAUAUUUGAACAGACGACUGAAGGAAUCAUUCACUAAAAAUUAUAUUCUUCUAAAUAAAUCAAUGCUUUCUUUUUACUAUUUUGCAGACAUCAACGAGUGUGAGACUGGAAAGCAUCACUGCGACUCCAAUGCCUUCUGCAACAACACUAAAGGUUCUUAUAUUUGUACAUGCAAACCAAGAUAUACCGGAAACGGCGUUAACUGCACAGGUAAAAUAAGAAAGCGAAAACCCUCAGCUGAUAGCACUGAAUAACCUGAUAUGAAAGCAUUUCUAUUCAACAAAUGUUUUCGAGUUCCAUUAACUAAGGUGUAUGUUCAUCUUUAACUUAGUUCCAACAUGAUAGUAUGUGAUAGGCGGCUUGUUCAUCGUUGGCAUACUAACAGGCUCACUUAAGCGAGUUUGGGGGUUAUAUAUUAAGGCGACGAUUCAGCCGUCAGCGGGAGCUGGCGAAUUUGGCGAUAAGAAAAAGGCGAUUAAACGUUGAAAAAAAUAUUUGCAUAUUCGGCAACUAUCAAUAGCUGGAUUCGAGGUUUUUGUCACGGCUUAUUUCCUUUUUUUUUUCCAUGACUAUAUUUUGCUAUCUUCCGCAAAAAUCUCCUCGUGCGACUUUCUAUCAUUUUUGUCAAUUGACAUUUUGUUUUGUCCCUGUUGGAUAAGAUUUUGACACCUCUUAAGGGGUGAAAUUAAAACAAAAAAAGACUGAUUUAUCGUUCAUCUGGGGAUAGUCGUUACUUAGGUAUUCAUUAACGACGUUUUAAACUGCGUACUUCUAGUCUUCAUAUGUUAAUAGGCGAUUGUGUCGACUGUGGGUGGGCUAACAAAACUAAAGGAAGAAACAUUUGAACAGACGACUGAAGGAAUCAUUGAGCAAAAAUAUAUUCUUCUGAAUAAAUCAAUGCAUUCUUUUCACUAUUUUGCAGACAUCAACGAGUGUGAGACAGGAAAGCAUCACUGCGACUCCAAUGCUUUCUGUAACAACACUAAAGGCUUCUACAUUUGUACAUGCCAACCAGGAUAUACCGGAAACGGCGUUAACUGCUCAGGUAAAAUAAAGAAGCGAAAACCCUCAGCUGAUAGCUCUGAAUGACCUGAUGUAAAAGCAUUUCUAUUCAACAAUUGUUUUCGAGUACCAUUAACUAAGGUAUAUGUUACAUCUUUAAGGGUUCUUUAAAAUAGUUCCAACAUGAUAGAAAAUUUGAUAGGCAGCUUGUUUAUCGUUGGCAUACGCGGCGAUGUAGCCGUCAGCGCGAGCUGGCGAAUUUGGCGACAAUUUGGAGAAAAAGGCGAUAGGCCAUUUGCACCGGCAGCACUAAAACACGGAAUCCGGAAUCCGGAAACGGAAACGGAAUCACGGAAACGGAAACGGAAACGGAAACGGAUACGGAAUCUGUGAAAGAAGGUUCCAAGCGAUCGAUUUGAAAAAAAAUAUAUUAGCAAUGACAAUAAAAUAAAUAAACAGAUAAAAAAAAAGACACAAAUGAAUAAAUUAGCUGAGUAGAGGAGAGGAGACUGCUGUAUCACUAGAGGAGUCGAUUCCGGUGAAAAGACGCUUGAUACCACUAUCGGCAAUGAAUAAAAAUUCUCAUGGGACAGCAAAGCGAGGAGAAAAACGUUACUGACAAAAACUAGUGCCUUAAGAAAAAGGUAAGUUAUAUGGAGACAGACUUCGUUUGAAUCGUCAGAGGCGUCGUUUAUAUAACUGAAAGGCGUCGCCGUCAAGUUUUUCUUAGUGUCUUUUCUGGGUUGUCUUCAACAGUGUUCAGUUUUAUUUAUCAAGACAACUUACUCAAGAGAACCAUGGCAUUGUGGAGUCCAAAGAGAAGAGAGAAUUGUGCAUGCAUUAGCUUGAUUCCGCAACCGAUUACAUCAAAAUAAUGCGCCAUGUUUAAUAAGCCUCUUCAACAAAAAUACGGACGUCCACGUAAACUCAAUUACCGGUACACCAGUAUUCCAUCAGUAUUCAGCUUGGCGAAAAAGUUGAACUUAUUGCUAAAACACCGGAACUGUGGUCACGUCACCGGUCGGUCAUGUUUGGCGUAUUCAGUUUGGGGACAAUCACGUGGUGUGGUCUGAGGCUAACUACUACUAUUCUUGACAAUUAGCCACAAAAGUAAUAUUUCACUGUAUUAUUCAACCCAUGAACUUGUGAAUAAAAAUUACUCGUAAAAUUACUUUGAUCGGCCUUGCAGUGCAGUAACCCACACUACGGCAAACCUUAUCAAGACACAAUAACAAGAAUAUACCGUAAAUUUCUGAAAAUAAGCCCCGGGGCUUAUAUUUUUCAAAGGCCCUUUUUGGGGGGCUUAUUUUUGGAGGGGCUUAUACAUGGAGGGGCUUAUUUUCGGAAUUUUACGGUAUUUAAGGGAACUGCCAAGAAAACUAAGACAAAUUCUCUUUGGAUUGUACUAAAUUGUGUAAUGUGAAAUUCUUUAAUUUUCUAUCAUUGAUAUUUGAUUCCGUAUUCCGUUUCCGUUUCCGUUUCCGUGAUUCCGUUUCCGUUUCCGGAUUCCGGAUUCCGUGUUUUAGUGCUGCCCCAUUUGCACUAAGAGGUCAUGUGACAUCGUUUGUAUGAAAAUGAAAGUUAUAUGAUUUUGCCUUCGAAAAACGAUUAGUGGGUCACAUCUUAAACAAAAUAAUAGUGAUUUGGUUUUUCAAACCCGCACCAUUUUCUUAAAAUGAGUAAGUUCGUAGCUGGUCACGUGACCAAAAUGUGACUUUUAAAAUUAGGAAUUACAUCUUUCAGAACACAAACUUUGCACUUAAAGUUCAAGGGAAAUGUUGAAAAGAUGAUGUGGUAACGUUUACAGCACAUCUGAGCGUAACUAUCAAACGUUUAACAAGAUAGAAGCAAAAAGUAGUUUUGGCCGCCAUGUUGGAGGGCAAGAGUAUGCCCUCCAACAUGGCGGCCAAUACAAAUCAUACUGCUUUGUUGAAAAAUCAAAGUGCCAUAACACAUCUCCCUUAAAUGCAUUUCCCCUCAAAUUUCGGGUGUAAGAUAAUUUUUAUGUGCUCUGUCAAUUUUUGGCAUCAGCAAGUUUCCAACUCAUCGUUUAAAGGAAGCAUAGGUCACGUGACCUCUGAGUGCAACUGGCCUAUUAAACGUUGAAAAUAAUAUUUGCAUAUUCGGCAACUAUCAAUAGCUGGAUUCGAGGUUUCUGUCACGACUUAUUUCCUUUUUUUUUUUCCAUGACUAUAUUUUGCUGUCUGCUGCAAAAAUCUCCUCGUGCACCUUUCUAUCAUUUUUGUUGACAUUUUGCUUUGUCCCUGUUGGAUAAGAUUUUGACAGCUCUUAAGGGGUGAAAUUAAACAAAAAAAAGACUGGUUUAUCGUUCAUCUGGGUAUAGUCGUUACUUAGGUAUUCAUUGACGACGUUUUAAACUGCGUACUUCUAGUCUUCAUAUGUUAAUAGGCGAUUGUGUCGAGUGUGGGUGGGCUAUAACAGAACUAAAGGAAGAAAGAUUUGAACAGACGACUGAAGGAAUCAUUCAGCAAAAAUCAUAUUAUUUUAAAUAAAACAAUAUCAAUGUAUUCUUUUUACUAUUUUGCAGACAUCAACGAGUGUGAGACAGGAAAGCAUCACUGCGACUCCAAUGCUUUCUGUAACAACACUAAAGGCUCCUACAUUUGUACAUGCAAACCAGGAUAUACCGGAAACGGGGUUAACUGCUCAGGUAAAAUAAAGAAGCGAAAACCCUCAGCUGAUAGCUCUGAAUGACCUGAUAUAAAAGCAUUUCUAUUCAACAACUGUUUUCGAGUGCCAUUAACUAAGGUGUAUGUUACAUCUUUAAGGGUUCUUUAAAAUAGUUCCAACAUGAUAGUAUGUGAUAGGUGGCUUGUUCAUCGUUGGCAUACUAACAAGGCGACGAUGCAGCCGUCAGCGCUAGCUGGCGAACCCGGCGAUAAGAAAAAGGCGAUUAAACGUUGAAAAAAAUAUUUGCAUAUUCGGCAACUAUCAAUAGCUGGAUUCGAGGUUUUUGUCACGACUUAUUUCCUUUUUUUUCCAUGACUAUAUUUUGCUAUCUGCUGCAAAAAUCUCCUCGUGCGACUUUCUAUCAUUUUUGUCGACAUUUUGCUUUGUCCCUGUUGGAUACGAUUUUGACACCUCCUAAGGGGUGAAAUUAAACAAAAAAGAGACUGGUUUAUCGUUCAUCUGGGGAUAGUCGUUACUUAGGUAUUCAUUGACGACGUUUUAAACUGCGUACUUCUAGUCUUCAUAUGUUAAUAGGCGAUUGUGUCGAGUGUGGGUGGGCUAUAAGAAAACUAAAGGAAAAAAGAUUUGAACAGAGGACUGAAGGAAUCAUUCAGCAAAAAUCAUAUUAUUUUAAAUAAAACAAUAUCAAUGUAUUCUUUUUACUAUUUUGCAGACACCAACGAGUGUGACACAGGAAAGCAUCACUGCGACUCCAAUGGUUUCUGUAACAACACUAAAGGCUCCUACAUUUGUACAUGCAAACCAGGAUAUACCGGAAACGGGGUUAACUGCACAGGUAAAAUAAUUAAAAGAAGCGAAAACCCUCAGCUGAUAGCUCUGAAUGACUUCAUAUAAAAGCAUUUCUAUUCAACAAAUGUUUUCGAGUUCCACUAACUAAGGUGUAUGUUACAUCUUUAAGGGUUCUUUAAAAUAGUUCCGACAUGAUAGUAUAUGUGAUAGGCAGCUUGUUUAUCGUUGACAUACGCGGCGAUGUAGCCGUCAGCGCGAGCUGGCGAAUUUGGCGAUCAGAGAAAGACGAUUAAACGUUGAAAAAAAUAUUUGCAUAUUCGGCAACCAUCAAUAGCUGGAUUCGAGGUUUUUGUCACGACUUAUUUCCUUUUUUUUUUUCCAUGACUAUAUUUUGCUAUCUGCCGCAAAAAUCUCCUCGUGCAACUUUCUAUCAUUUUUGUUGACAUUUUGCUUUGUCCCUGUUCGAUAAGAUUUUGACACCUCUUAAGGGGUGAGAUUAAACAAAAAAAAGACUGGUUUAUCGUUCAUUCGAUCUGAGGAUAGUCGUUACUUAGGUAUUCAUUAACGACGUUUUAAACUGCGUACUUCUAGUCUUCAUAUGUUAAUAGGCGAUUGUGUCGCGUGUUUGUGCCUCGCAUACGAACAGGCUCACUUAAGCGAGUUUGCGGGUUAUAUAUUAAGGCGGCGAUGCAGCCGUCAGCGCUAGCUGGCGAAUCCGGCGAUAAGAAAAAGGCGAUUGAACGUUGAAAAAAAUAUUUGCAUAUUCGGCAACUAUCAAUAGCUGGAUUCGAGGUUUUUGUCACGACUUAUUUCCUUUUUUUUUUUCCAUGACUAUAUUUUACUAUCUGCCGCAAAAAUCUCCUCGUGCACCUUUCUAUCAUUUUUGUUGACAUUUUGCUUUGUCCCUGUUCGAUAAGAUUUUGACACCUCUUAAGGGGUGAGAUUAAACAAAAAAAAGACUGGUUUAUCGUUCAUCUGCCGGGAUAGUAGUUACUUAGGUAUUCAUUGACGACGUUUUAAACUGCGUACUUCUAGACUUCAUAUGUUAAUAGGCGAUUGUGUCGAGUGUGGGUGGGCUAUAAGAAAACUAAAGGAAAAAGGAUUUGAACAGACGACUGAAGGAAUCAUUCAGCAAAAAUUACAUUCUUUUAAAUAAAUCAAUAUCAAUGCAUUCUUUUAACUAUUUUGCAGACAUCAACGAGUGUGAGACA